AUGGCACCACAGUCACCAUCUCCACGCUCUGCUUCUUUCCUUCCCAGUUUCCGGCUACGUCCACAGUGGGCUGUUCGAAAUGGUACUCCGCCUGCGCAGAGUCCAGUGAAUCCUCGGAUCGACACGAGUGGGAGGCAUGAGGAUCAUGACCAGUUGAAUGGUGAUCAUGAGGGCCUUGAUGAAGAAAGUGACAUAGGCGAUGAGGGCCUAGAUGGAGAGGAGAAUGGGGAGGAAGAAGGCGAGGAAGAGGAGGGAGAUGAAGAGGACGAGGAAGGAGCGAUUGAAGAAGUUCCCAUGGAAAUAGACUCUCCUUUUGAUCCUGCAGCUCUGGGUUUGAAAGAGAUAGGAAAUCUAGCGAGUUGGACUGUUAGUAGCUGCAAGCCAGGCUGUGGUGUGGAUGCAUUGAGGGAUGAUGAUACAGGAUUGUUCUGGCAAUCCGACGGUCCACAACCGCAUCAUCUAAACAUACACUUCUCACGACUCGUCUCCAUCCUCUCCAUUCGUAUCUUCCUCGACUUCGAAGCCGAUGAAUCCUACACCCCUACACGAAUCACCCUUCUUGCUGGCACGGGCUACCACGACCUCAUACCGUUUGCAGCACUCAAUUUCGAGCAACCGAAAGGCUGGCUCGACGUACCACUGGAUCAUGUUGGAGGCGGUCCAGAUGGCAAGACAUUACGAGCGUUCCUGGUGCAAGUCCGCAUUGUGGAAAAUCAUCAGAAUGGAAAGGAUACACAUGUUCGAGGUUUGAAGAUCUAUGCUCGAGAUGAUAGGGCUCGUGCUGGACUUGGAGGUUUGUUGGGCGAUGAGCUAGCUGAUAAGAAGACUUCGUUGAAGGUACAGGGGAAUGGAAUGGAGAGGACUUGGCUUAUUGAGCCGGAUUGGAUGGGUGAGCCUGAGUUGAGGUAG